UCCAAGCUCCGACUGAUUGCAAAGGGCGCUUUAAAAAAGUCUCAUAUACACUUUUACAGCGAGUGGAGCCUCCUGAAGGAACACAGGAGGAGACGCCCAUUGCUGCGCUUGUUUCGUUAGAAAAAGUGUAGCAGCUUUUGUUUUCUGCAGCAGAAAUUGCAACUUUUAGUUGUUUGAUCAUUUUGGUUUGAUAAAAAAAAAACUCACAGAAGGACCAGGAUUUCUGUUGUUAUUGUUGUUGGUGAUAGUGGAAGGGGAACGCAUUUUCAAGGGGAGUGAUUCCAACAAUGACUUUAGGAACAGAAAUGUCAGACAAUUCCGCUUUUUCAGAGGAUGUGGACAUCGACGUGGUUGGCGACAUGAGCGUUAAAGAGGGGAAGUAUCACGAUUUUCAUUCGGACAACGACUCGGAUGAUAACCUGUCCAGGAACGCGGGAGAGAACGCCUGUUCCCCGGGCCUGAGCAGCGGUUCAGACUCCAACCCAUCCCGUGGAGAAGAGAAGACGGGCAAAAACACUUUGGUGAAGCCCCCUUACUCUUACAUCGCCCUCAUAACCAUGUCUGUCCUGCAGAGCCCCAAGAAGAGGCUCACUCUGAGCGAGAUCUGCGAGUUCAUCAGCAACCGCUUCCCCUACUACAGAGAGAAGUUCCCCGCCUGGCAGAACUCCAUCCGCCACAACCUGUCCCUCAACGACUGCUUCGUGAAGAUCCCGCGGGAGCCCGGGAACCCUGGCAAGGGCAACUACUGGACCCUGGACCCGGAAUCGGCGGACAUGUUCGACAACGGCAGCUUUCUGCGGAGGAGAAAACGCUUCAAGAGGCACCAGUCCACUGAAAUGCUGCGGGACCCAAACAGCUUCCUUCCAGGAUUUGGAUAUGUGCCUUACGGGUAUAAUUACGGCAUCCAGCUGCCGAACUUCCACCCCCACCACCACGGCACGGCUUUCCAGUUCCAGCCCCCGCACUGCGCAAUACCGUCCCCGGCUUCCCUGUUUCCAGCACCUCACAUACCGUCUCUCCUGGGCAACGAGCUUGCUAGAAAACCUUUCUACCCCCAGCUGAGCCCAACUCUGCCCAGUUUGCAGCCCCUAAAAGUAGACAGCAACAGCCAGACGAGGCCUUCUUUUUCUAUAGACAAUAUCAUAGGGGUAAGUGGUUCCGCCAGCACCCCGACCUCGCCGUUCUCGCAAGCGGGGAAUCAAGCCCAGGUGCUGGCCAUGCUUGCGCCCUCUCUUGCGUCCACCCCGAACCACUUAAACUUAACACACGAAAACGUCUUACAUGCAGCAGGAGGGCAGAGUUUCUCCAGUAAAAUCACGAACCUUAACAGCUGUCAUUUUUAAAUACAAACUCUUCUCGCGUCCCGUAGCCUUUGUUAAGGUGUUUGAAGACGGGAAUCACGUGGCUUACUUACCUGACUGAUGCUGGUCUCACCUGAUAAGCCGCCCAAUCCCAGAUGAAAGCAAACAACAGGGGCAGAAGGUGGGGUUGCAGGGCUGGCUAUGAAACAUCAACAAGAGCACAGAGACCUGCGCAGUUCAGAUUCCACGCGGAUUUCCAAUGCCUGGAGAGGGCAACAACUCAACCAAAGAUAUUGCUGCACAUGCACAUAAUGAUGCACAUAUGUAAAUACUGGCAACCUCAAGCAGACACUUUAAAACAACAAUAUUGCUUACUAUAUUGUAAAUACUGUAUAUAUUUCACUUGGAAAUAUGUGAUUGCAUUGCUGUGGAGUUGUUUCCACACAACAACAGUCAUGUUUAGAGCACAGAGGGUUAAAUAAGUUAUCAAAACAGGAACUAUAAACUGCUCAAUAAAAUCCUUGCAGGUCUGUCCCUUCCUGUCACAGAACUUCCCCUCAUUGAGUUGCAGCUGUUUAUCCCCUAAGUGACAGGUCUAAUUAACCCGGCUAUUAGGCACUGACCUUCAAUUUAGCCACAGCGACAGAUUAAUUAAAGCUGUUGCCACAACGCAAAUACAGCUAAUGACCCCUUGAAUAGCCACGAAGACAGAAAUGUAACAAUAAAGGGUUGCUCACAUUUGUCGUUGAGGUCUUUACGGGGAGAGUCCCACAGCAGCGAGAUUAACUCAUUCCAGACCAGGGGACCUCAGAUCUUCAAUGCAUUAGUGUGAGAAGCAACGAACCACACGAAUUAGGACUGAGAUUGCAUUACCUCCAACAAAAAGGUGAAGUGUGAAAAAGUAUAUUUGUGGUCUGCAUGGAAAGUUAUUCAGUCCUACAAUUCCACAAAUAUCAAUUAAUUAAUUUAUUUGUUUAAUUAUUUAACCAGGAGAUCUAACAAUUGAUAACGAGUCCUCGUUUACAAAGGCAUCAUGGAAAACAGAGUAUUGCAAUGUAUAAAAGAUAUUGCAAUGUACAAACAACAAAAUACAACAUGUGUGGUUCAGACUGAAUCAGCAUCAUACCAAGAUCAAAAGGAUAUAACAAACAAGACAUAUCUAUUUGUUAAUGCAGACUGAAGGAGAAUCAUUGGCAGCAGGGUCAAAGCAAUUCCCAAAUACGAUCUUUUAAAAACAAAAACAAACAAACACAAAAAAAAACAUCAUACAUUUAACUGAGCCUUGUAUGCAGCCCAUGCAUCCCAAAGCAGAUUCAUUAAAGCUCAGCUUCUGAAAGUAAACCAAAGUUAUCUGGACCACAUAGUUAUACAAAACAGCACAGUUCUGCUGAAACAAUGAAGCUUUACUUUCCACUGUACACACCCUGGAAGUUCUGUAACCUCAGUGAGCAUUCUGUUCCCUCCCUCCUGCUGCCUAUCAGAUCAUUCGAUUCUCAACAGGGAUUGCAUGUAAUGCAUUCUGUAUUCAGGCUGUCUGAGCACAAGUGAACAACAGAUUGGAAAGCCUUGUUGGAGGGUCAGUGUACCUUAAAUCUACCUACCACCACAGCCUGGACAUCUAAUACCAUUGCCCUCUCCCUAUUCCCGAGACCUGAUGUGCACUGAAAAACAAGGGUGAUGGAAAGAAUUACAUUGUAACCACUCCAUUAGGAAUAUAUGCACUGUAUGAAAUACCUCUUUGCGUUUCAUGUAUUUGCCUCUGUUUAAGUAAAAAGUGCAUCACUCAGUAGAUUAUUUGCAUUGUUAUAAUAGCA